AUGCCUCCAGAAUUGCGAAAGAGAAAGGCGCCUGCUUCCGAGCCGGCUGCAGCUCCUCCAGCAAAGAAGAAGGGCCCAGUCGCAAAGGCCAUCGCAAAGGUCAAGGAAGCCGUCUCCCCAAAGACAACCAAGAAGACGAAGGCUACCAAUGGCGCUGCAACCGCUUCAAAAGUCACUGUCGGUGAAACUAUCACUCUGGAGGGCUUUGGUGGUGAGAUCGAGCUGAACGAUGGCACAAAAACCACUCUGAAGGCGCUCGUCGAUGAGAGCAGAGCUGGCGUUGUCCUGUUCACCUACCCAAAGGCUUCAACCCCCGGUUGCACUACUCAAGCAUGUCUCUUCCGCGACAACUAUACUCCAUUGACGGCGACCGGUCUCUCGAUCUACGGAUUGUCCACCGAUUCACCAAAGGCGAAUACCAACUUCAAGGAGAAGAAGGAGCUGCCAUACCCUCUUAUUUGCGACACCUCUGCGACUCUCAUCUCUGCAAUCGGACUAAAGAAGGCUCCAAGCGGUACAACUCGUGGCGUCUUCGUUGUUGAUAAGGCCGGAAAGGUCCUCGCUGCCGAACCUGGCUCUCCUCCAGGUACUGUUGAGGUCGUCAAGAAGCUUGUCGGAGGAGGUGCGACCGCUGCUGCUGUCCCCUUGCCACUUGACGCACCAAAGACAGAGACCGCCAAUGUUGUCAAUGGCACAAACGACGCCACAAAGGAGGACAUUGCUCAAGCAAAUGUCGCUGCUCAAGUCGCCGACACAGCCGAGAAGCUUGACAGCAAUGAGAAACCUGUUGUUUAA